GAGCGUUGUCGCGGUGCGGGCGUCGCGAGAGGGCAGGUGGGGGGCGGGGGAGGGGCAGAGGCGGCGGGCGGCAGCAGACGCGUCGGCACCGGGCGCCAGUACGCGCCGCGCCGCUUUAGCGUCCACUCGUGUAUUGUUG